CCCUCCCCGCCCCCACCUCCUUCCUCCUUUCCGAAGGGCUGGUAACUUGUGUGCGGAGCGUGCGGCGGCGGCACCAUCCAGGCGGGCACCAUGGGCACGUCCGCGCGCUGGGCGCUCUGGCUGCUGCUCGCGCUGAGCUGGGAGCCCCGGGAGAGCAGCGCCACGGGGACGGGGAGAAAAGCAAAAUGUGACCCUUCCCAAUUCCAGUGCACGAAUGGCCGCUGUAUAACUCUCCUGUGGAAAUGUGAUGGAGAUGAAGACUGUGUUGAUGGCAGUGAUGAAAAAAACUGUGUAAAGAAGACAUGUGCUGAGUCUGACUUCGUGUGCAACAACGGCCAGUGUGUCCCCAACCGAUGGCAGUGUGAUGGGGACCCUGACUGUGAAGAUGGCUCCGAUGAAAGCCCAGAGCAGUGCCGCAACAUAACGUGUAGCCCUGAUGAGUUCACUUGCUCCAGUGGCCGCUGCAUCUCCAGAAACUUUGUGUGCAAUGGCCAGGACGACUGUAACGAUGGCAGCGACGAACUCGACUGUGCCCCACCAACCUGCAGUGCCCACGAGUUCCAGUGCAGCACCUCCUCAUGCAUCCCCCUCAGCUGGGUGUGUGAUGAUGAUGCAGACUGCUCAGACCAGUCUGAUGAGUCCCUUGAGCAGUGUGGCCGCCAGCCAGUGAUGCACACCAAGUGUCCAGCCAGUGAGAUCCAGUGCGGCUCCGGCGAGUGCAUCCACAAAAAGUGGCGGUGUGACGGGGAUCCUGAUUGCAAAGAUGGCAGCGAUGAGGUUAACUGUCCUUCUCGAACCUGCCGACCUGACCAGUUUGAAUGUGAGGAUGGAAGCUGCAUCCAUGGCAGCAGGCAGUGUAAUGGCAUCCGAGACUGUGUUGACGGUUCUGAUGAAGUCAACUGCAAAAAUGCCAAUCAGUGCUUGGGCCCUGGAAAAUUCAAGUGCAGAAGUGGUGAAUGCAUAGAUAUGAUCAAAGUUUGUAACCAGGAGCAGGACUGCAGAGACUGGAGUGAUGAGCCCCUGAAGGAAUGUCAUGUUAACGAAUGCUUGAUAAAUAAUGGUGGAUGUUCCCACAUCUGCAAAGACCUAGUCAUAGGCUACGAAUGUGACUGUGCAGCUGGGUUUGAGCUGAUAGAUAGGAAGACCUGUGGAGAUAUUGACGAAUGCCAAAAUCCGGGAAUCUGCAGUCAAAUUUGUAUCAACUUAAAAGGCGGUUACAAAUGUGAAUGUAGUCGUGGCUAUCAAAUGGAUCUUGCCACUGGCGUGUGCAAGGCAGUAGGAAAAGAACCAAGUUUGAUCUUUACUAACCGAAGAGACAUUAGGAAGAUUGGUUUAGAGAGGAAAGAAUAUAUCCAACUAGUUGAGCAGCUACGAAACACUGUGGCUCUUGAUGCCGAUAUUGCUGCUCAGAAACUGUUCUGGGCUGAUCUGAGCCAAAAGGCCAUCUUCAGUGCCUCAAUUGAUGACAAGGUUGGUAGACAUGUUAAAAUGAUCGACAAUGUCUAUAAUCCUGCAGCCAUUGCUGUUGAUUGGGUGUACAAGACCAUCUACUGGACUGAUGCGGCUUCUAAGACUAUUUCAGUAGCUACCCUAGACGGGACCAAGAGAAAGUUCCUGUUUAAUUCUGACUUGCGAGAACCUGCCUCCAUAGCUGUGGACCCAUUGUCUGGCUUUGUUUACUGGUCAGACUGGGGUGAACCAGCUAAAAUAGAAAAAGCAGGAAUGAAUGGAUUUGAUAGACGCCCACUGGUGACUGUGGACAUCCAGUGGCCUAACGGAAUUACCCUUGACCUUAUAAAAAGCCGCCUCUACUGGCUUGAUUCCAAGUUGCACAUGCUUUCCAGUGUGGACUUGAAUGGCCAAGAUCGCAGGAUAGUCCUAAAGUCUCUGGAGUUCCUGGCUCACCCUCUUGCCCUAACCAUAUUUGAGGAUCGUGUGUACUGGAUAGAUGGGGAAAAUGAAGCAGUUUAUGGUGCCAAUAAAUUCACUGGAUCAGAGUUGGCUACUCUAGUCAACAACCUUAAUGAUGCUCAAGACAUCAUCGUCUAUCAUGAACUUGUACAGCCAUCAGGUAAAAACUGGUGUGAUGAAGACAUGGAGAAUGGAGGAUGUGAAUACCUGUGCCUGCCAGCACCACAGAUUAAUGAACACUCUCCAAAGUAUACCUGCUCCUGUCCCAGUGGGUACAGUCUGGAGGAAAAUGGGCGACAGUGCCAAAGUACUGCAACCACUGUGGCUUACAGGGAGUCAAAAGAUACCAACACAACAGAAAUUCUACCAACUAGUGGACUAGUUCUUGGAGGGAUCAAUGUGACCACAGCAAUACCAGAGGUCAGUGUUCCCCCACAAGGAACUUCUGCUGCCUGGGCCAUCCUCCCCCUCUUACUCUUAGCAAUGGCAGCAGUAGGUGGCUACCUGAUGUGGAGGAAUUGGCAGAACAAGAACAUGAAGAGCAUGAACUUUGACAAUCCUGUGUACUUGAAGACCACAGAAGAAGACCUCUCAAUAGACAUCGGCAGACACAGUGCUUCUGUUGGACACACGUACCCAGCAAUAUCAGUCGUAAGCACAGAUGAUGAUCUAGCUUGACCUCUGAGACCUGGCUUGACGUUGAGGUUUAAAGCAGUAAUAGCCACUUUGGAACAGUAACCCAGCCCGCAGCUGAAGUCUGUUUCUUCCUCCCAUCUGGAAGAACAUUGAGAUACCUUGGUGUGGAUCAAGCUUGUAUACUUGACCAUUUUUAUAUUAUUUUUGUAAAUAUUCUUGUCCACAUUCUACUUCAGCUUUGGAUGUGGUUACCAAGUGUCUGUAACCCUUGAAUUUUUAGACAGUAUUGCCACCUCUGGCCAAAUAUGCACUUUCCCUAGAAAGCCAUAUUCCAGCAAUGAAACUUGUGCUAUAGUGUAUACCACCUGUAUAUACAAUGUAUAGGCCAUCUGUAAAUAUCCCAGAGAACAAUCACUAUUCUUAAGCACUUUGAAAAUAUUUCUAUGUAAAUUAUUGUAAACUUUUUCAAUGGUUGGGACAAUGGCAAUAGGAUAAAACGGGUUACUAAGAUGAAAUUGCCAAAAAAUUUGUAAACUAAUUUUGUACGUAAGAAUGAGAUCUUUGACCUCAGUUGAGGUUUACAAAGACUGAGUGUUCAAAAAACUGCUGUACAUUUUUUUUCAAGUGCUAAAAAUUAAAUCAAGCAGCUUAACCAUGGUUUGUGCCUGUUCCUCUAAGAUGAAUUGUUAAAAACAGCCUGAGUAGCAUCAAGUCUUCUAACUAAAUGUAUGAGCUGCCGCUCUUGAUGUUGUUGUGUACUAAGCCUGUAAUCGGGCAAGCUUCUCUCAACCAAGUACUAACUAAAGACAAGGUACUAUUUAACAUUUUCUCUCCAAAUAUUUCUUAUUUUGUAAAAGAUACUACCUUAGUCUGUACCCAGAAUUCCUCCUGAUUACAGAACUCCCUUUUUCUUUCAUUUGUUUGAUCUAGAAGCAUGUGCGGAAAUUUCUAAUUCUCCUGCUUUGUACACAAUUCUCUGUUUUCCAUAUUCUGUCAUAUGUAGAUCAAGGACAAGUGCCUUCUAAGGCAUAGGGAAGGGCUUUCUUCUUAUGAAAGUCUACUCUGUCUUACUAUGAAAAUGGUCAGGAAGGACAACAACCACCAUCAUUCUUGAGUCUAAGGUGUUAGUUCUCAGUGUGGUCCUGGGUGCAGCAGCAUCCAUAUCAUGUGGGAGCUUGUAGAAAUACACAUUCUGAGGCUCCCUCCCAGACCUACUGAAUUAGAAACUCUGAUCUUGGGGCCCAGGAGUCUACAUUUUCACAAGCUCUUCCCAUGAUACUGAUGUCACCUAAAGUUUGAAAAUCAUUGCUCUAAUGUUCUACUACCAUUGUAGUAUCUUCAAAAUUGUCAGCCUGGCUAGACUAGGACAGAUUCCUUCUGUGGGCCAUUUCUGGAACUUUUAGUAUGAAGAAUAAAAAAGGAGUUUGAGUAUGGUGAGGUUGGUCAUCACUUCCUUACUAUAAAGUCUCCAGAUGUCUGGAAGCAAAGAUGCAAAGCUUGAAACACUGAGAAGAUGCUGUAGAUCCAUUGUAGGUGGGGAGUCUACUGUGGAAGGUGCAGUGAUCCAUCUGGAAUUAAUGACAAGUGCAACAGCAAGAAGAUGAGCAGAAGAUGUUUGGCUAGAUACAUGGAUCGAUGGAACAUUCAUAAUACACCUGCAUAUGGAAUAGAAGGCGUUCUUUCUUUUGGCUUAGGUAAGAAGAUCAAUAAUUGUAUAUGAAGAGGAAGCUGAUUUUGUUACCUCAUGAACACUCCUUUGCGAUUUUGGUCAAAUGAAUGGGAAAGAGAAAGGCUAGACUUGGACCUUUAUUUUAUGGGACGUAUGGAGGUGAACCAUGCAGAAGGAAAAGCCUGGAGGCAUUGAGGUAGGACUGUCUGCUGCCUACUUGUUUCUUACCCUAUAAGUACUCAUCAUAAUGAACAGUGCAUACACCUUGCUGAGACAGGGACCAGCUGAAGUGCCUGUUGGGUAAGUAGGUUGGUAUUUAUCAUACGUAAACUCUGAAGUAUUUCUUUGGUGCUUUGACCCUGCUAUGGUACUAAAACCGCUGAUAUAUUUUUUUUAAUGUAAUACCAAAUGCUCUUUUAGAAGCUUAAAGAUACCAGUGUUUUCCCCUAUUAUAAGGAUAUACAAUGUUAAUCAAUUAUAAGACUCAAAAUCGUAGUUUUGCAAAUAAAAUAAAGCAUUAUUCUCUGUCA